AUGCAAUUAUUUCUCCUAGAGAAAAAAAAUAGGACCGAAGGGUAUGAAAGUAUGUUUGUCUGGGACGCUGCAACAAGUACUGAAAUGGCGGAUAUGCAUCUGAUAUUCUUAGCUGAAAACGCAUGCGCUGUCUUCAUGUACAGCGAUGGCCAAAUAAAUCCAAGUACAUGUGAGAUUUGGUACUACAUCAAGCCAACAGCACCUGGUAACGGAAAGAAGAUCGCGGCCUGCGAGGGAACAUUAGAGCAAGCAUGUAGGGCAGCAACAAUUUAUACGUACUGGACCGAAAAAUGUGAUCAGAAAACAAAAUAA